AUUUAAACCGACUUCCUCUUACAAUUUUCAAAAAACUAAAAUCAUUUGAACUCGGUUUCGAAGAAUAAUAUUCCUACGGCUUCUUUUGUAAACUGUUCUUUCUAAUAUGAGAGCAGUUUUGCUAUUCACAUGUUUUCUGAAGUGAUUUUAAAGCUCAAAUUUCAAAAAAUAACAAUUCCUUAAUGAAUUUAAAAGACAUUUUCUUUGUUUAAAAUCAGUGUUAAAGAAAAAAAAAAGUAUUGCUAAAUUUUGAAACUUAUUAAUAGUUAAUCGGAAUGCCUUACAAAAGCACAUUAUCUGUAUUGGAAACUCUAAAAGCAAUAAAGCUUAUAAAAGUGAAAUUUGAAGAGGAACUGUGCAACAAAUUAAAUCUAGUUCGUGUAUCCGCACCCUUAUUUGUGGAAACUAACUCCGGAUUGAACGAUGAUUUGAAUGGAUGUGAGAGGCCAGUUACUUUCGAUUUGAAAUCUGGAACGUCCGCUUCUGUUGUCCACUCUCUGGCAAAAUGGAAAAGAAUGGCCCUGAAGAAGUACGGAUUCGAAGUGUACAGCGGACUGUAUGCCAACAUGAAUGCUAUCCGAAGGGACGAAGAUGUAGGUCCACUCCACUCCUAUUACGUGGACCAAUGGGAUUAUGAAAAAGUGAUUCGGGAUGAAGACAGAAACGUUCCCUAUUUGAAAUCAGUGGUAGAAGAUAUAUAUCAAUGCCUUCAAGCGACAGAAUGUUACAUUACGGACAAGUAUCAUAUGUUGCGUCGAAGACUGGCGGAAAAGAUCGUUUUCAUCAGCGCACAACAGAUGGAGGACGAGAACCCAAAUGUGACACCAAAAGAGCGUGAAAGCAUCUACACGAGGAAAUAUGGUGCCGUUUUCGUGUUCCAGGUUGGGAAGACCUUGAAAUCCGGUACAUAUCACGAUGGCAGAGCCCCUGAUUAUGAUGACUGGGAAUUGAAUGGUGACAUCCUGGUGCAUCAUCAAGAACUCGAUGUCGCCUUCGAAUUGUCAAGCAUGGGGAUCAGAGUUAAUAAGAAAUCUUUGGUGAAGCAGCUGGAGGAACGGAACGCGUUGGAUAGGCUGGAUCUGCCCUUUCAUCAAGCGUUGGUCAGAGGCGAAUUGCCUAUGUCCAUUGGGGGAGGAAUUGGUCAGUCCCGCCUUUGCAUGUAUUUGCUGGAUAAAGUGCAUAUUGGUGAAGUCCAAGCCUCUGUUUGGGAUGAGGGAACUUUGGAUGAUUGUGCUAAAAAGAACAUUCAACUUUUGUGAAAAGUGUUGUGGUUUGUAAAAUUUUGUUAGCUAUGAUUUUUUUUAUACAAAUGGAUUGAGAUCUUCGUUAGUUUUCACUAAUACAGACCGUUUUUCUUUUAGUUACUUUUUUCUAGAAAAAUGUUCAGCGACCUCAUUUUUUUCAGAAAAGUUUUACUGCAACUCAGAAAUAAGAAAAUAAGAAUCUAGGUUAUGAUAAGAGAAAAAAAGUUAAAUUAAAAAUAUUUAUUUAGUAAAUUUUAAUAAAACCUUUUCUGUCCAA